CGUCUCCGUGGCGAUGGACUGUGCAAACAACACUGCAGCCGUGUCCUGGUCUGCCAGUCCCGGUGCGUUACAGUACGUAGUGAGAGCCUCCAGUCACUAUAGCAACAUCAGCCACCAGACCUCUGACCUCUACUGCUCGCUGGAUGACCUCAUGUGUGGUAGCCGAUAUUAUGUUCAAGUGAUGGCAAUGGGGGACAACUGCUCCAGUGUUCCCAGUCAAGUCCUGGUAUUUGACUCAGCACCAUGUCCACCCCGGAAUGUGACGACUCAGCUCAGCUGCAUGACCAACAACUUGACAGUUUCUUGGGACUCCGAUGGCGAUGUUGACUACUUCAUGGUGUGGUUAAAUGAGUACAUGGGAGGGAGCAGUGAGACCUUCAACACCACCAGCACAGAGAGUUCCACCAGUAACGUGAUCUGUGGGAACACCUACACUGUCCAAGUCGCAGCCAUCAAAGGGGACUGCCAGACCAAUACCAGUCAGACCCAGAGUGUCCUGACAGCUCCAUGCCAGCCUCAGGGCAUCCGAGGAAGCCUGGACUGUGUGACAAAUUCAGCAUGGAUCUCAUGGGACACGGCCCUGUAUGCUGACUGCUACACUGUGUCGGCUGUCGGGGAGGACAACAGCGUGGCCAACUGUACCACCUACACCAACACCACCUGUGAGGUGGAAGACCUGGCGUGUGGCAUUCUGUACAACUUUAGUGUGACUGCAAAGAACAGCCAGUGUGAGAGUCAGCCUAGCACCACCAUUGACCUGCAGACUGCCCCCUGCUCCCUCUCUAGUAUCACAGCCAUCCCUCAGUGCCACGACUCAUCCAUCCUGGUCAUGUGGGAACUAGCGGAAGGCAGCGAGGGAAACACUGUGUACACAGCCACAGCUGAAGCCAAAGACCACACGUACUUGUCCUGCAAUGGCACAGGUACCAGCUGCACCCUGCACGGGGCGCAAUGCGACUACCGCUACACCGUCAUCGUCGCCGCUUCCUCAGACCAGUGCAGCAGUUUGAGAAGUCCGCCCUACAGGAUUAGCAUGGAACCGUGUCCACCUAGUGAGGUGAUCGUCACCGCCUACUGCGAGGACCACAAUGCACUAGUGUCAUGGAGCCCCUCUCCGGUCGCUGCAACCUACCACGUUGUUGCAACCGCAGCAGAUGGACACAUGCACGCCUGCAACGCCUCAUCCACCAACUGCAGCUUGACGGGACUCCACUGUGAUGAGCAGUACCAAGUGUAUGUGACAGCACGCCAUGAGAACUGCUCUAGUGCAGCCAGCUACAACGUAACACUCAACACAGGUCCCUGUCAGCCAGAUGAUGUCUCGGUGACCUUCCACUGCAGUAAUCAGUCUGCAGUGCUCUCCUGGACCCCCAGUGACAAUGCUGUGGACUACCAUGCCUGUGCUGAGGCGUUGAGCGGACAAAUGCUCUACUGUCAGAGCACGUAUCCCACAUGUACCAUCCAAAAUCUGGAUUGCGGGGUCCUCUAUAACUUCUCUGUCCAGGUUUCUGACGGCACGUGCAACAGUUCCUUCAGCGACCCCGUGCAGACGGGAGCAACCCCUUGUCCUCCAGCUGUUGUGGAGGUGCAGCAUUUGACCAUGUAUGCAGACAUCCAGUUACUGAGGUUCAAUUGGACGGACAUAAGCUGUGCCGACACGGAGUACAUGCUGGCUUUAGAAGGUAACCUACUGGGAGACGACCAGGCCCAGUUUGAGGUGUCGUCCUAUUGGACGAACAGGACUUCAUUUGAGAUCCCGCUUCCUUGCGGGUCGUGGUACUCGGCUACCAUGGAGAGCAGAAACGCGGCCGGAAGCAGUGACCGAUCCGGGCUUCUUAACGGAACAACAGUCCCGUGUCCACCAUUGAACGUGAUGUACAGUAGCGACUCCAGCACUGUAGUUUCCUGGAACCCGGCAGUGUUUGCCACCACGUACUCUGUGUACACGCCAACAGUUUCCCUCACUUCUCAGCUGUGCACCACCACAGGAUUGUCCUGCUUGCUGCCCCCCGGCAUCCCCUCUGCAGACCUGCUGGUCACAGCCAGCAACGCAGCCGGAGAAAGCGAAGGAGCGAGCGUCACGGCGGUGAAUUUACUUGUGCGCAGGAAAAGAGACCUCGCUGAGAGUGAAGGCCUCACAGCACCGACGAUACAAGUCACCUUGCCCAAGCCAGGUGUUGUCGACACAAAGUGGUCGCGUGCAGAUGCUGCCACUGAUUACAAACUGAUGAUCAAGCAGCAGCAGGGCGAUUCUGAGGAACUAACAGUGGUCGGAGAACACAUCAUCCUCACAAAUUUGAGCCCCAACUCCACUUACUGCCUCACAGUGUCGGCCAGGAACAAUACCAACAUGGGACCUGAGUCAGAACCUGCGUGUUUCCAAACACGCUAGACCCACUGGCUUGUCCUGAUCAUAACGUGACUUUGAAACAGGGGUGCCCAUUACGUCAAUCGCGAGCUACCAGUCAAUGGUGGAGGGUGUGUCAUUCCAUCGCCAGCCAGGCAUUAAAAAAGUAGACCUAAAAUUAGCAAUCAUCAAUCUUCACCAAGACGUCACUUUCGUCACUUGAUUGACAUUCACGGCACCCGAGGUCUUGUGAGAUGACGCGGCUGCUGCCAGAUCAUUAUUAAGAAAAAAUGACCAACAGAGGAAGACGAGAAACAUUUUUAAUUUCAACAUUGCCGUCAAAACUCUAAAGACCGACCGUACAGUUCCUAUCUUCACAAUAAAAGCGCUGCUUCCUCUUGCCUACGCUAACAAAAAAAAAAAGUCACAGAAAGCUAGUGCACACAAGUUAGCAAGCUACAGAGUUUGCCGCCAAUGUAUUUCUUUUAAAGUGUUUAAAAAGGAGUAUGAAAGCUGGACUAAUAAAAUGGCAAAAAACAACCACUUUCAUGUGGUAUUGGACAGAAAGAAGGACUUUUUUUCUCCUCCAUUUGAAAAUGUGGACGUUAUCAUCACAACUGUCUGAUUCCAAUCAAUGCAGGUCAUCAGAAUCAGAUAAUACAUUAAUUUAUAUUAUUGUCUUCAUGAAAGAAAUGAAUCUAUAUGUGUUAAACAUGCUUGUAUUAUCAUUAAACACCUUUAACUUGUUAACAAAAAUGUCUCUUUCAUAAAUAAAUAUAAAUUAUAUAUAUGAAUGAGAUAGAUCCCCUCCACUUGAUCAAUUGAAAAGUAGCUUGCCUGCAGAAAAAGUGUGGGCACCCCUGGUUUGAAACAUGACAACGCCCUUCUUCAGAUCUGCUACAACACAGAAAGUUCUUUUUUGUUUAAAAAUUGUGCACUAUAUGGACAAAAGUAUUGAAACACCGCACUUAAUUGAUUAUUGGUAGAAAAGCGCAGUGAAUUAAUUAACUCAUAUUAUGUUUUGCAUAUGGUUCAUUAUUAUAUUCAUCUUGGAGAAAGCAAACCACCAGUUUAAAUAGUAGGUAUUUCAUUUUGGGCACAUUAUAACAUAGGGCCCUUUAGUACUGACAUUUGUGUGUGGAUUGGAUUAGUUCUCGCGGAAGAAAAGGCAAUAAAAUCGGACCGGGGUAUGCAGAGGUGAUGGCCUUAUCCGCGGGAAGAGACUACAUGUUUAGCUUAAUGCCAUUAUCUAAGAUAUGACUUGCAUCUGUUUUCUUUUCAGUCACUUACACACAAACUUUUCCUUUGUGGUCAGGAUGCACUCUCCUGACUCAGCACACACACACACACACAUACACACACACACACACACACACACACACACACACACACACACACACACACACACACACACACACACACACACACACACACACACACACACACACACACACACACACACACACACACACACACACA